UAUUAAUAUGAUAUCACUUCUUCUAUGAGAAUUACGUGAGCGCGUCUCAGGAAGGCAAUGGAGAAGUCCCCUAGUAUUCUUCAGUUUCCCCCAAGAGGAGAAGCUUCGAGGCACUCAAUGACCAUGACAAACAUUACGGAAAGCGCGUGCUUAGGUUUGAAGAUUGACUUACGGGAUUUUUCUAUUCGUGAUGCCUGCUUCGAAUUUAUCCGGGCAGAGUGAGAUAAUGCUCGCAUAUCUGCUUCUAUCUAUUAACGAGUCCAUUCAAUAUCAGCCUAGUUGCGUGCAUUGGAGCUCCAGGGCAACGAACGUCAGUUCUACGCUUCCUUAUGGCACAGCAUUCCAUAAUUUCCAAGUCACUGCAUUCGUUCAUUCCCCGAAUAUGGCCCACAACCAAACAUACCCAUACCCUAUGCACACCCUUUCCGCAACCCAUGCAUGCGACAACAGCAACCCCUCCCUGGAAACCGUCCGCCGACCCGGGAGCCACAGAUGGGGCCGCACCCUGACCUCGUUACCCAACGCCACCUCCACCGCCUCGACCAAUGCCCCCGAAUAUCCCAUGACCCUGCUCGAAGAUGGCCGCGAACAGCAUCCGGCGACCGAGUCCAGCACCGCGACCACCAGACGCCCGUGGGGCUUCUUCCCGUGGUUCGGACGCAGCGUGGGCGCCGACACGACCGAAGAUUCCUCCUCGACUUCCGAUGCGCCGGUCGAGCAAGCGAGUACAAACCCUGCUGCACUGUCUCCGUCGCCAACCGCCACAAUUGCGCCGGAAACACAACUGGGAGAGGCAUGCCCGCGGCGAUGGCACCGCUCGACGUCGCGGAGAGCCGCGGAGCAACGGUGCGCAGAGUUCGGGACGUAUUUGCGGCGACAGACGUUCAUGUCGCGGAUGAUGACAUUUGUUGGGAUCCUAAUUUUCGGGAUGGUGUUGAUUUUAGGGGUCCCGGUGUUGUGCGUGAUUCUUACCACCGCAAUAUCCUUCAGAUCUUAGUUCUUCUCAUUUCGCAAGGGGCAUGAUGACGGCAAAUGACACGGAUUGCAUUUUCCUCAUAUUAAGCUCUCGUACUUGUCCAAUCCUUGCUUCUGAGCGUGAUUCUGC